GGCCUCAGACACAAACGCCUCCUAUUGCGCUCUUCUAAGACUUUGUCCGAGUCAUAGCAACUUCACGCACAUUGCGCAAUCAGACUUUUGUCGGUGUGGUUUCCUCACAUGGUCACAUCAUAGGCUGAUGCACAGUUAUACCAGAUACAAUUCAUACCAUGAAGCUCGUUCAAAUCGUUUAUCUCACAAUCCUUACCACUCCCAGUGCUAUGUUAACCCCAGUGGCACUGGCAGCGAUGCCUCUGAGUCGUCAGCUUGUACUCUGUGACUACUGCGCCUCCUCUAAGGCCACUUUGCCACGGUGCAAGGCAGGGUCAUGGCCACAAAUCUAUGGCCCCAAGACGGGACCCGAUUCUUGUUGGGGAUGCUGUACAUAGCUAAAUUGGUUGAACCUCUCGGUCAUUUUUGCCCUCAGCACGUGUUCGUUCCGAAUCCCACCGCCGGUGUAACUUGGUCCACCACUGGUGGCAGAAUAGAUAUAUCAAUUCUUUUCACCACUGAAUGGAAGGUAGCUUGCUUGCUAGUAGCAAGCCCAUCAAAAAAACGACAAGUUCCUUA